CGAUCGAUCUCUCUCUCUCUCAAAUCUGCUGCUAUAUUUGCUUUUGAAAUAUUCCCUUUGUGGGUUUGAAAGGAGAGGAGUUCUUCGGAAUGUCUUCUCUCAGUAGAGAACUCGUGUUCUUGAUCUUACAGUUCCUCGAUGAAGAGAAGUUCAAAGAGACCGUUCACAAGCUCGAGCAAGAAUCUGGAUUCUUCUUCAAUAUGAAGUAUUUCGAAGAUGAAGUGCACAAUGGGAACUGGGAGGAGGUAGAAAAGUACCUCUCGGGUUUCACUAAAGUGGACGACAAUCGCUACUCGAUGAAGAUCUUUUUUGAAAUUCGGAAGCAAAAGUACCUCGAAGCAUUGGACAAGCACGACCGGUCGAAAGCGGUCGACAUCCUAGUAAAGGAUCUUAAAGUGUUUGCGUCUUUUAACGAAGACCUUUUUAAGGAGAUAACUCAGCUCUUGACAUUAGAGAAUUUCAGGGAAAACGAGCAGCUAUCGAAAUACGGAGAUACGAAAUCCGCACGAGCCAUUAUGCUUGUGGAACUAAAGAAGCUAAUUGAGGCAAACCCUUUAUUUCGGGACAAGUUACAGUUCCCAAAUCUCAAGAAUUCGAGGCUGCGUACACUCAUCAAUCAAAGCUUAAACUGGCAGCACCAACUAUGUAAAAAUCCGAGGCCAAAUCCAGAUAUUAAAACCCUUUUCGUGGAUCAUUCGUGCGGCCAACAAAACGGUGCACGUGCACCCUCUCCGGCGAAUAAUCCCUUGCUUGGAGGUCCAGUGCAAAAGCCAGGUGGCUUCCCUCCAUUGGGUGCACAUCCAUUUCAGCCUGCUCCAGCACCUGUACCAGCACCGCUAGCUGGUUGGAUGUCCAAUCCACCGACCGCCACUCAUGCGGCGGUUUCCGGUGCACCGUUAGGUCUUGGUGGACCUGCAAUGCCUGGUCGAGAAUUCAAUAUAUCUGCUCUUAAGCAUCCGAGGACUCCACCGACCAAUGCUUCUGUUGAUUUUCCGUCCGGUGAUUCUGAACAUGCGAGUAAAAGAACUAGGCCUUUGGGGCUUACCGACGAGGUGAAUCUACCUGUGAAUGUUAUGCCGGUAUCUUUUCCCGCGCAUGCACAUAGCCAGAGUUUUAAUGCACCGGAUGAUUUGCCUAAGACAGUUGGAAGGGUUUUGAACCAAGGGUCUUCGCCCAUGAGCAUGGAUUUUCAUCCUAUUCAACAGACUCUUCUUCUCGUUGGCACGAAUGUUGGAGAUAUUGGACUGUGGGAAGUCGGUUCGAGAGAAAGACUUGUUCAGAGGAACUUCAAAGUCUGGGAUUUGAGCGCGUGUACUAUGCCUUUACAGGCUGGUCUGGUGAAAGAUCCUGGUGUUUCUGUUAAUCGCGUCAUUUGGAGCCCCGAUGGAUCUUUGUUUGGUGUUGCAUAUUCAAGACACCUCAUACAGAUUUAUUCAUAUCAUGGUAACGACGAUGUUCGUCAGCACUUGGAGAUUGAUGCUCAUGUUGGAGGAGUAAACGAUCUUGCAUUCUCCCACCCCAAUAAGCAGCUCUCUGUGAUUACCUGUGGAGAUGACAAGCUUAUCAAGGUUUGGGAUGCCACAACCGGUACCAAACAAUACACUUUCGAAGGUCACGAGGCCCCUGUUUACUCAGUCUGCCCUCAUCACAAAGAGAAUAUUCAGUUUAUAUUUUCAACAGCAUUAGACGGAAAGAUUAAGGCAUGGCUGUACGACAAUUUAGGGUCUCGAGUUGACUAUGAUGCCCCUGGUCGAUGGUGCACUACCAUGGCCUACAGUGCCGAUGGAACACGGCUUUUCUCUUGUGGGACAAGUAAAGACGGAGAGUCGCACAUUGUUGAGUGGAACGAAAGUGAAGGAGCGGUGAAGAGAACUUAUCAAGGGUUUAGAAAAAGAUCUUUAGGUGUUGUCCAAUUCGAUACGACUAAGAAUAGGUUUUUGGCAGCUGGCGAUGAUUUUUCGAUUAAAUUCUGGGAUAUGGACAACACUCAGCUUUUGACCAGUAGUGAGGCUGAUGGUGGUCUUCCUGCGAGCCCACGUAUUCGGUUCAAUAAAGAUGGAAGCCUAUUGGCUAUUUCCGCUAAUGAGAAUGGAAUCAAAGUUUUGGCGAACAACGAUGGUCUUAGGUUACUUCGCACGUUUGAGAAUAUUGCUUUCGAUGCUUCGAGAACAUCUGAGGCUGCAAAGCCUACUGUAAACCCAAUAUCUGCCAGUGUAGCAAGUAGUGCAGGACUUACAGACAGGGUGCCGUCUUCUGUUGGAAUCUCUGCUAUGAACGGAGAUACAAGAAAUCUUGGAGAUGUAAAACCAAGAAUAAUAGAAGAAACUAAUGAUAAAUCGAAGAUUUGGAAGCUCAGUGAAAUUAACGAACCAUCUCAGUGCCGGUCCUUGAAGCUCCCGGAGAAUCUAAGAGUAACAAAGAUAUCGAGACUGAUAUAUACAAACUCAGGCAAUGCUAUACUCGCAUUAGCUUCAAACGCAGUCCAUUUACUCUGGAAAUGGCAACGAAGCGACCGUAACUCAAACGGGAAGGCAACCGCUACUGUUUCGCCUCAACUGUGGCAACCGUCGAGCGGCAUUUUGAUGACAAAUGACGUAGCCGACACAAGUCCCGAGGAAGCUGUCCCUUGCUUUGCUUUGUCCAAAAACGACUCGUACGUGAUGUCAGCAUCCGGAGGAAAGAUCUCUCUCUUCAAUAUGAUGACAUUCAAGACAAUGACGACUUUCAUGCCUCCUCCACCGGCGGCAACGUUCUUAGCCUUCCACCCUCAAGAUAAUAAUAUAAUCGCAAUCGGAAUGGAUGAUUCCACUAUUCAAAUAUAUAACGUUCGAGUAGAUGAGGUAAAAAGCAAGCUUAAAGGGCACUCUAAAAGAAUAACGGGCCUUGCUUUCUCACAUGUGUUGAAUGUGCUCGUUUCGUCGGGAGCUGAUGCUCAGCUUUGUGUAUGGAAUUCGGAUGGGUGGGAGAAGCAGAAAUCGAGAUUCUUGCAACUACCUUCCGGAAGGUCGCCAGGGGCACAAUCGGAAACUCGAGUACAGUUCCAUCAGGACCAGCUUCACUUUUUGGUCGUACACGAGACACAACUUGCUAUAUACGAAACAACAAAGUUAGAAUGUGUAAAGCAGUGGGCCCCACGAGAAUCUACUGCUCCGAUAUCCCACGCGACAUUCUCGUGUGAUAGCCAGCUGGUUUAUGCUAGUUUCUUAGAUUCGACUGUGUGUGUAUUCACAGCUGCGCAGCUUCGUUUGCGGUGCCGUAUCAAUCCGUCAGCUUAUCUCUCACCGAAUAUCAGUUCAAAUGUGCACCCGCUCGUAAUUGCUGCACACCCGCAAGAACCAAAUCAAUUUGCAUUGGGUUUAUCAGACGGUUCGGUUCAUGUUUUCGAACCGCUGGAAUCCGAAGGCAAAUGGGGCCUAACGCCACCUGUAGAAAACGGGUCGUCGAGCAAUGCUCCGUCAUCCGCUCCAGCUGGUGGCGGGUCGGGUUCGGAUCAGCCUCAAAGAUGAUGCCCACCAUUUGAUAAUAUCUAACGUUUUCUUUAAUUUAAUUCUAUGCUGGUUCGAUAUAAAAGACGAAACGAAAUAGCUGCUCUCGAGGAAAAUAUAUUAGAGUCUCUCUUCCUCCCCGAAUUUAUGAAAGGAAAACUUUGUGUCGAAAACACGUGUAAAUUAUUAUGACUGGCAUUUUGUUCCCCACAUAUUCUUAUUUGUAUCUGUCUUUGGAUAUGUAAUUAACUCAGGCUAAGUUCACUGGCAGUUUGGGUGGUGUAAGAUGAAAUGCUUGUAGGAGUUUUUAUUUAUUUAUUUAUUAGACGAUUAAUUCAUUUUACUUUGGGCU